AUGACCUCGGCUGGAGAAGGUCGGGACUCGCUCGACAAGGGAGGUGAUGGUAGUGGCAAGCGGAAACCGCCGGCGUCUUCGCCACAGAAGCGGAGUGUAGACGAUCGGGAUGACGAACUACACCUACUGCAAGGAAGGACUAAUGGUCACUCACGAGACGAUGAUGAGGAUCAACGAGGCGUCCUGGUGAGCAGCCAGGAAGUGCCGCAGUUGGGCCGGGGGAUGAACGAUGGAAUGGUUGACCUGGGCGAGCUGGGAGAGCCCCCUGUCAAGGUCCCUAGAGUAGUUGAUGUGAUACCACGCGAGUCGACAUCUAAGCCUGGGGGGGUCACUGAGGAGGAGGAGGAUGCUGUCAGCUUUUCAUCGGAGUGCAGUGUUGAAGAGGAUGACGAUGAUGACUCGAGAGGCGGCAAGAGCGUCGUUGAGCCAGAGGUCCCCCCGGCUAGGGCGGAGGAGUUGGAAAUGUGGGUCGACAUGUGUGAGGCAAGCAACAGGAUACCGAAGGCGUCCUUGAGGUCUGUGGAAGUGAAGAGUGCAGGGCCCUUCAGCUUUCGCCUCCUAGUCUACCCUUGUGGUACUCAAGACGCCCGCCACGGGUCGGACUACGCUCCGUCGGCAUUCGUCGAGAUUGUCCCUCCUGAGAAGCGCGGUCUUAAUUCGGAACCAGGGAGGUACUUCCCGGAUCGCUGGUGUCUGCGUUGUGUGAACUUCUGCAUCAGCAUCAUCAACUUCAAGUAA